UGACUUCAUCUGCUCCUCCCCACACGGAAGGGGUGGAACCGUUCCCUCCUCUUCUCCCUCCUCCCUCUCCAGCGGCCACCAGGGACCCUGAGAUCCACCAGCCCAGGACCCCACGGCCAGGUCUGCUGCACCACCCUCUGGGAUCUCCUGCAGCAGGGGACACUCUGGGCAGGAGGCUGCUGUUGCAGAACAUGUCUCCACCUGUCCCAGCCUCUGUGGCUCCAGGCUUCAUCCUCCCUCAUCCAUGGCCAACCCAGACCCAUCACUCCAUGGUGCCUUAAACCUUCUAAGAGCAGUGGAAAGGGACAGGCUGGUCCAUCUGAAAGACAAGCUGGGGAGUCUGAAUCCAGGCAGCCAGGAGUCCAAGCUUCUUCACGCCAUGGUGCUCUUGGUUCUGGGCCAGAACACUGAGGCCAGGACCUCUUUGGAGUCCUUGAAGGCAGACACAGUGGCCCAGCUGAUAGCCUGCCAGUGGAUAGGUGUGGACAGCACAGAAGGCCCUGAGGAGCCUCCAGAUUUGUCCUGGUCCGUGGCUCGCCUGUACCACCUGCUGGCUGAAGAGAACCUUUGUCCUGCUUCCACAAGGGACAUGGCUUACCAGGUGGCCCUCCAUGACCUCGCCUCUCAGGGUAACCACUUGCUGGGCCAACUCCAGAAGGAGGCCCGGGAUCGGUGUAGUUCAGACAUCAUGGGGGACCACUGUGGCUUCCAGCCACUCCAUUCUGAUCAGGGUUGCCUGCCUCCUUCUUCAGCAUCCCCUUCAGUAACUAGAAGCCAGCCUCGACCCAUUGACACAUCAGACUGGAGCCAGGGACAUUCUCUACACUCUACCAGCAGCAUCGCUUCACUGGCUAGCCACCUGGAGAUCAGCCAGUCACCCACUAUGCCCUUCCUCUGUCCACACCGUGGAACCCAUGGGCCCAGCAAGCUCUGUGACACACCCCCAGCUUCCCCUGAGCCUCAGCUUGUCCCUGCAGGCUGCCAAGAACCUGAAGAAGUGAGCUGGCCCCUGUCAGUGGACACCAGCGUCCCCGUCCCCUUGGGGUCACUACACAGAACUGGGGUCCCAGAGGUGUCCCCUGAGGUGGCUUCAGCCAUCCACCCUGACUCUCUGGCUGCUCCAGACACGAGUGUCCACUGCCCGGUUGAAUGCACAGAGGCGUCUGUAGGCUCCCAGUCUCUCCUGCCACCCACCACGGAAGGCAUUGGAAAGCAGCCGUCUAUCACCGAUCAGAUGUCACCCCCGGGCUCUGUAGGAGAUGACAGUCUGCAGAACACCACAUCUAGCCCCGCUGCCCAGCUACAGUCCCCCCAGUUCUCUACUACACUGCCUCCUCCCCCUCUGCCCUCUGCUUCCUUCCCCAGCAGCUGUCCUGUCCCCCCAGCCUCCAUGCCCCCCAUUCUGGACCACUUGGAAACAUCUGAGCAGAAAUUCUAUAACUUUGUGGUUAUCCAUGCCAGGGCUGACGAGCAUGUGGCCCUACGUAUCCGGGAGAAGCUAGAGACCCUUGGGGUGCCCGAUGGGGCCACCUUCUGUGAGGAAUUUCAGGUGCCUGGGCGUGGUGAGCUGCAUUGUCUCCAAGAUGCUAUCGACCACUCUGGGUAUACGAUCCUGCUUCUGACCACCAACUUUGAUUGUCGUCUGAGCCUGCACCAAGUCAACCACGCCCUUAUGAACAGCCUCACGAAAUCAGGAAGGCAAGACUGUGUGAUCCCCCUCCUCCCACUGGAGUGCUCCCAGGCCCAGCUCAGCCCCAACACGACCAGCUUGCUCCACAGCCUUGUGUGGCUGGAUGAACACUCCCCUAUCUUUGCCAGGAAGGUGGCAAACACCUUCAAAUCACAGAAGCUCCAGGCAUACCGGAUACGUUGGAAGAAAGAGCAGGAGACCAGAGCCCUCAAGGAGCAGAGCACACAGCUGGAGGCCGAGCGGCAAAGGGUGGCUGCCAUGUCUGCUGCCUACUCAACCUAUGUCCACAGCUACAGCGCCUGGCAAGCACAGAUGGACAGCCUGCAGAUGGCCUUCGGGAAGGACUUGUCACUGGGGGCCCCUACACCCUUCCCCAGUUGGCUGGGAUGUCCACAGCUAACACCUUCACAACUAUGGCAGGGGGGCACCCCGGGUUCCCCCCCUUUCCCGCAGCCUCCAGUCUCUUUCCCCCAGCAGCCUCCGUCUUUCCCCCAGCAGCCUCCGUCUUUCCCGCAGCAGCCUCCGUCUUUCUCGCAGCCUCCAGUCUCUUCCCCGCAGUCCCCACCCUUCCCAUCGGCCUCCCCUGCAGCCACCCAGACUCCAGGACCUCUCAUUAUUCAUCAUGCCCAGAUGGUUCAGUUGGGGGUCAACAACCACAUGUGGGGCCAGACAGGGACCCAGUCGACCAAUGACAAGACUGAGUGUGAGGACCCCUGCUUGGGCCCUCCGAGUGACCAGGGGGGACCCCUGCUUGAGAGUGAUCGUGUUGGAGCCCACUUAGAUUCCUAACAUGACCAGGCUGAACCCAACCUAGACUGCUAGAGUGGCCAAGCUGGACUUCACCUGAGUCACCAAAGCGACAGUGGGAGAGGGGAACCUUGCCUGGGCCUACACAGCGGCCAUGAAUUGGACCCCAGAGGCCAGGAAGACCUCGCCUGUAAACGCAGGGCCUGGAAAAACAUCCAGAACCCUAUUGAACAUUGGACAAGACUCUGGGACCCCAACCCGCACCCUCUAGGUGGACAGACCGCUAAGGAGCCAUAGGCUCCUCCAAGGUGCCCCCAGCGGCCACGUGACCCUCAUCCACCGUGGCACGUACAGUCUCUGGGGAGGAUGUGGUGCUGGGGCAAUGGAGAGGGUUUAUAAUAGCUGAGGGUUUAUAAGCUGAGUCACGAGCCGGCGCCCUCACCCACCACCUCCUAGAGAAGAGACUCAGCUCCACCAGGACUGGAAUAGAAUAGGAGCUCCAUCCGGCUCCCUGAAUGACAGGAACCGGAAUCUGUGGAUGCAUUCUCAUCCCAUUGGACAGCGUGGACCACGUGGCCUUCUGCUGCAAGGGACUCUGGGAAACGUAGUUUAUUUUGUGGGCGGCCAUAUCCCAGGAAACCUUGCAGUGUUAGGAAAGGAGAACACUGGGGAGUUACUGGUGGUGUUGAUUGCUUUUGUGAAUUUAUUUAUGUAGUGUAUGUGUGCCAGGAAUGUGUGGCGAUUGUAAGACAACCUGUUUGAGCCGGUCCUCCUCCUCCAUGUGGGUCACUGGGAUAGACAUGUCAAACCCAUUCUCACAUUAAAAGGUUUAUUAUUUUUUUAACAUCUA